AUGGGCCUUCGAGGUUCUUCGUCGGUUCCAGCUUUUCGCGGCCGUCUAGAUGGCGGCAGAUCUUCAUCAACGACGGCAAACUCCCUUCUGACGGCUCCGAAUGCCGGAAACGUAAACGCUGGUGGCCCAGCUCACAUCAACGGACUGAAGAAGCCCUCACCCACCCCAUCGCUCAAACGUGACAAGGUUCAGAAGCUCAUCAAGGAACACGGGUCGCCUCCUGGACUCCGCGUCACCGCCGGUGGUCGCAUUGUGCCACACGAUAUGCCUGGCUUGGGAAGCCCGCAAUAUCCUAUCAGCAACGGCUCUAAGAUGGGCGAAUGGAGUUUCGCCAGUGUUCGUGGCAACCCAAUGCAACGCGCCACCUCGCAGCCGCCGUAUUUGCGCCGGGCCUCGGACGCUGUUCCUCCACCCGCUUCCGAACCGAUGAGCCGCUCGAACAGCUCCAACACUGCCGUCAAUACGACUAUUCCGGCUUACACCCACGGAUACAAUCCCAACUUCGUGCCUUUCUUCUUCCCGGGUCCCCAAUUUGCGUUUGCUCAGGCUCCAACGAGGUCUUUCACUGUACCUACGCCGGCUACGAACAACACCAGCAGCAACACUGCGAGAGCAGAUAUUGCUGAGCUGAGGAAAAUGCUUGAAAAGAUCCAUAUUGAGCAGAGGGAUCUGGAAAGAGAGAUGGUGAUCCGCGAGAGCAACCUGACCUCUGAGGAGCGCCAGAACAUGGUUGAACAGAAGGUGCAGAUGAUCAACGAAUCUGACCGGAUUCGAAAGGACAUCAAGCGCUUGGAAUCCGGAGACUCUUCAGGUUCCGGUUCUUUCGAGCAUCAGAGAGCCUCACUUCCACAGCAUCCAAGUCUUGUCGCCACUCAAGUCGGGCCGCAGCCAGCUUUGAAUCCUUACAUGUUCUCUAAUGCGCACGCCGGCUUUGUGCCCUUCGCUCCUGGUAACCAGUUUCCAGCUCCCUACAUGUUUCCCAACAUGGUACCUUUCCAGGGUUUUACUUCCCUGGAUGGUGCAUCAGCCACUCCGAAUGACGAGGCUGCCGCUCCUGCUGCGGACAACGUCGAUAAGGUGCCCAAGGAGGAUAAGGACAAGCAAGAGAAGGAGACGAAGUCAACAGCUCACGCUCCUCGUCGUUCGCAUGCAUUGGAGAUCAAGGAUCCAAACAAGACAUCUGGGCAGCAGAUCACAAGCAAAAGGUCUGCACUGGAUCCCACGAGCCCGGCAUACACUCCUCAGAAAAAGACGAAGUCAGAAGCGAGCCACGAAGAUUCGUCGCUUGUGUUCGUACCACCGUCACCUUCCCCAAUAGCUUCGCCGCACCGCGACGCGACUUUCGCGGCCCACUUCCCUUGGCUCUGCUCGAACACCAAAGACGACAAGAAGAACGACAACACCACCAAGAUCAGCCCGGAUCAUUCGGUCAAAUCUUCCGAACAUCGUCCAAGUGCGUCCAGUAUCAACACGGCCGACUUUUUCCCUAACAAUCCCCACGAGCAUUCCUCGACCAGCUACAAUGUCAGAAAAGGCAUACAGACUCGGCAGGUUACGCCCGACAGGGCGCAGCUUGCUUGGACCAAUGUGUUCACAAGUCCUGACGAGGGCCAUAAUCUCCUCCGAGCUCCUCAAGUCUCGCCCAUUGAUGGCGAAUCCGCGAGGAACGACUCCGCUCUCGGCAUGAGCCAAUCUGAAGGCUACUCUACCCGGAACGCGCAACUUCGUGUCCCACAGAACACUUCCAGGCAGGAUAGCGAGGAGAAAGUUUCUUCUUAUGCUGGCCGUGCAUGGUCGAGAGCUGAAUCGAACCGGAUUCCUGCUCCUCCCCCCUCGUCCAUGGGACAACUGGACUUUAGGAACAAGUCCGUUGCUUUCUUACUCGGAUUCUCGGCUGGUUUAUCUGGGCAGCCUAUUCAGGGGACUGAGGACGUCGAUUACAUGCAGGGUUGGGCGCAGGGAUUGCUUUCAGCGAAGCAGUCAAACUCUCGUCAGCCAAGUGAAAGCAGCGCCUCCCCAGUAUCGGAAGAACAGAGCCAACACCGACAGCGGCUAUACAGCGAGCAGCGUCAGAGUAGCUUCCUGCACCCCGAGUCCAUCACAUGCCGUCGCGAAGAGAGUAUAGCGCCUUCAAUGGGCUACAUCCAGCUAUCCGCCACGCCGAUACACAAGGCCUCUAACGCAACCCUGAAGGCUGCAACAUCAGCUCCAGACACUCGGCCUGUUGCUGCUCGUUUCGAGUCCUCGGAGACCAACAAGAGCAUUUCGUCCAGCAUGGGCAUCGGACCUGCAAGUGUCCCAACCCCUUACAGAACCGUCAGCGCCGAGACGGACAAGACCAUCACUGAGAAGAUCGAUGUCAUGAUGAAAACGCAGCAGACACCUAUGCUUCACCGCUCAGGAAAUGAGAGGGAUGAAAUGAGGGCCGGUGAUCGUUCCAAUCAGUCUCCUUCCAAGCUCGCUAGGGUCUUUUCCGGUCAGUCCGUGCCAGGCCAGGGUCAGCAGAAGCUCAACCGUAGCUUCAACCUGAACUGUCUUGGUGACCAGCGCGAACAGGCACGGCACAGCCGCACCUCUUACGACGGUGCCGGGGACGACGAGGACGAGGCUGGAAACACUCAGACAUCCGAGACGACGAACGCGCGUGUUUCUCCUUCCAAAGCUUCUGCGUUCACAGACUCUCCUUCAAUGUCAACCGGCUCCCCGAAGAAACUCUCAAAGACAGCGGUCAAGAACAAGUUCGAGGAAGUCACCGGCAAUGCCACCGGCGCCGGAAAGGGCAAGAAAGGGAGGAAGAGCAAGAAGACCGGGAACGAUGAGGUGGAUGACCCGGCAAAGAUGUCACGGGAAGAGAAGAAGAACUGGAAGGAGAUGUGGAAGAAACGGUUUGAGGACAUCAGGAACGAGGAACAACGGGAGGUCGAUCGCUACCGGACACAGAACCCGCUUCCACCAUGA